AUGAGUAGUAAUAUAGAUAAUGCAUUAGAAGUACAAUCAAGAGAUGUUAUUAAAUUGAUAUUACAAUUCUGUAAAGAGAAUGCAUUGAAUAGUACUGUUAGUGCACUACAAGAAGAGACAGGUGUCAAUUUGAAUACCAUCGAUAAUGUAGAUCGUUUUCUAGAGGAUGUCAAACAUGGACAAUGGGAUAAAGUAAUAAUGGAUCUAUCAUAUAUGAAUUUAACACCUUCUUUAUCAGUUGACUUAUAUGAACAAAUUAUAGCAGAACUAUUAGAUAUGGGAGAAUUAGAUUUAGCGAAAUCGCUACUAAGAAAGAGCGAUGCAAUGAACUAUUUAAAGUUGAACAAUGUCAAUCGAUAUCUGCGAUUGGAACACUACUUACAGAGAGGAAAUAUAGAUUUGGUGGAUUUCUACGAGCCUGGCAUUGAUACAUACAAACGAAGAGCUCAAUUAGCAGUGGAAUUGUCAAAGGAGAUCAAUGCUAGUGAAGUAGAGGCAAUACCAACCACUCUCGAUAGAACCAUCAAAUAUCAAGAGAAGAAUCAUCCCGAGUGCUGUAGAUUCUCACCGGAUGCACAGUAUCUCGUUACCGGUAGUGUCGACGGCUACAUCGAAGUUUGGAACUAUCAAACCGGCAAGCUUGCAAACAAUCUCGACUAUCAGGCAAACGAUGAAUUCAUGAUGCACGACAAAUCAAUCAUGUGUCUAAACUUCUCGAAGGACGGCGAUAAGAAUGCAACUCAAAUAUUAACUGGUUCAUUUGAUGGUACAUUAAAGAUUUUAGGAUUGAAAUCUGGAAAAGCAUUGAAAGUUUUCAGAGGACAUAAUUCAUAUGUAAAUGAUUGUUUUAUUACAGAGAAUGAAGAACGUGUUAUAUCUUGUUCUAGCGAUGCAACUGUGAGGAUUUGGGAUGCAAAGAAUGCAGAGUGUCUACAGACAAUUAGACCAACUCAAUCGGUAAAGAUCAAAGAGAUUUCCAUCCGUUUCGUACUGCCAAUGAAGAAUCCAGAUAAUAUUGUCAUAUGUAACUCAUCGCCUACCAUCGUGAUCAUGUCGGUCAGAACGCAAAACAUAACCAAACAAUUCACACUCGACAACAACAAGAAUUUCGUUUGUUGCACACUGUCACCUCAACAGAACUUCCUCUACGCAGUGGCAGAAGAUAACAUUAUGUAUUGUUUCCGUGUCGACACAGCAGAACUGGUUCAAUCGUUUGAGAUUCACUCGAAAGAAGUAAUAGGACUAUCACAUCAUCCCAAUAGAAAUCUCAUUGCAUCAUUCUCUGCUGAUUGUACAGUUAAAACUUGGAAAGCAAUAAAGACAGUUUAG